UUAAAACACGAAAUUCCAUUCCGUCGCGCGUUCGAUCAUUGGUAAAGUGGUACGCUAGAUGGAGUAACCAUCGUGGAAUAUACAUGCGCAGAAAUUAGGGCACCAUUAUCGAUUUAAACCUAGGCACGGUGACACCCUCUUCGAUCGAUAUUUUCAGCGUAAACUCUCAUUCUCCUCUCUCUUUCCCGAAAUUCGCAAUCCUCGCAAGACCAUUCGUUACUCCGUUAAUUAAAAAUCCGUGAAACUCCGCUCCUCGAAGAAAUCAACGUUCGCCGUUCGACGGAAAAGGGAAACCGAAUAAUUGAAAAAAAUUACGAAGGAAACAACGAUCCGACGUUAAAAGAAACUAACCGGUCGGGAAAAAAUCUCGAAGAAUCUUCGAGGAAUAUCUUUGAAAGUAAUAUUCGCGAAUGCUGAUUUGACUAGCGCGGUAUGACGUCAAAGCCAGUAGGCCGUGUUCACGGACAGAGAACCAGGAUUGGCUGUCAGGAGUGUUCGGUCCGGCGAGGGAGUAGGAGGUCCGGGUCGCCAUAUUGGUUGGUCGUGCGAACCGUCUGUCGUUCGCGGUGAGAGUCGAGAGCUGUCCGCCCAGCUGAGCUGUUAACGCGCGCGUUCUCGAACGAGCGAGAGAGAGAGAGAGUGAGUGAGAGAGAAAGAAAGAAAGGAAGAGAGACACACACCGCACACACACACAGAGGGAGAGAAAAAAAAGAAGUAGGGGAGAGAGAACGAGGUUCUCUCGAAACGCGAUUUCGAGGGCAGCCACCGGUUAUUACAAAACCGAUCUAUCAGAGGGAACCGGAUUGGGACCGGCGACACGUAUUUUUUUUCCUCUCUCCACAUUGCUCGUCGCGCUCGCGUUUCGCCAGUUACGGUCGGUGGUGUGCGCGCCCGUGGUGUCCGUCCCUCUCCUGUCCGUCUACCGUUGUGUGUGUGAGACACGUUGUUCAACGCUGUCGUCGAACCCGGAGGACAGCCCCUCGGAGCGAUCACGCUUCUCCGGUCGUCGGAUCGAGCGGUGUGAGAGCUUGGAUAGAAGACCGAGCGUGACAGCGGUGGCCCCGACGACAGUAUGGCGGGACAGACGAUAAACGACAGGCUGCUGGCAGCCAGGCACAGCAUCGCCGGGCAGGGCCUAGCGAAGUCCGUCUGCAAAGCUACCACCGAGGAGAUGAUAGGCCCUAAGAAGAAACAUCUCGACUAUUUAAUUCACUGCACGAACGAACCGAACGUAUCGAUACCGCAGCUGGCGAACCUUUUAAUCGAACGGUCGCAGAACACAAAUUGGACGGUAGUUUUCAAGGCUCUAAUCACGGUGCACCAUAUGCUCUGUUAUGGGAACGAGAGGUUUACACAGUACCUGGCGUCCAGCAACAGCACGUUUCAGCUCAGUAAUUUUCUUGAUAAGAGCGGCGUGCAAGGCUAUGAUAUGUCACCGUAUAUCAGGCGAUACGCCAGAUACCUCAACGAGAAGGCUCUUUCCUAUAGAACUGUGGCAUUCGACUUCUGUAAAAUGAAGAGGGGGAAUGAUGUGGGCGCUCUGCGCACAAUGAAUGCUGAGAAACUGUUGAAGACCCUGCCGGUAUUACAGGCCCAACUGGACGCGCUUUUGGAGUUCGAUUGCUCGGCGAAUGAUCUGACGAAUAGCGUUAUAAAUAUGGCUUUCACGCAACUCUUUCGGGAUUUGAUCCGACUGUUCGCCUGCUACAACGACGGCAUUAUUAACCUGUUAGAAAAGUAUUUUGAUAUGAAUAAAAAGCAAUGCCGCGAAGCUCUAGAUUUAUAUAAGAAAUUUCUGAUAAGAAUGGAUCGGGUCGGCGAAUUUUUGAAGGUCGCAGAGAAUGUCGGCAUCGAUAAAGGGGAAAUACCUGAUCUAACAAAGGCCCCGAGUAGUUUACUGGACGCGUUGGAGCAACAUCUUGCCUCUUUAGAAGGGAAAAAGGGCUCGGCUGCCAACACACCCACACAAUCGGCAAGCAAUAGAACGAAUGUAAAGUCGGGAGUGUCCGCCCUGUCUUCCACCAGUACUGCGUUUGGAACAGCAGCCAGUAAUAACCGCCUCGACCACACCGGGAACGGACACAUCGACGAAGCCCUGAGGCAGCAGGCUCUGGCCGAAGAGGAGGCUGCCAUGAAUCAGUACAAGGCGAAGGUGCAGUCCCCGUCAACCGGGCCCAGCACAAACCCAUUCCUCAGUUCGCCAACGAACAAUGCUGAUCAACCCAUCGUAGACCUGUUCGGUGCACCAGCAGCGACGGCGACCAACGAAGCUCAGAAAGCAUCGGACGAUUUGCUCCAGUUAGCAGGAAAUCCGUUCGCAGACAUGUUCGGCGGAGCUCAGACCGCACCAGCUCAAGCUGCGCAGCCGCAGAACAACAUGUGGAUGACUAAUGGUAACGGGUUUCCGGCAGUACCACCGGCAAAUAAUAACUUUGUUACAGAUAACAGCUUCUCCUCCGUGUUCGGUAAUCAAGACGCUCAAUCUGCUGGUGCCCCAGGAACGUCCGGAUCCGUACCGAAUCCAUUCAUGUCCGACUUCCCCUCCCUCGGUCCUCAGCCGACGCAGCAGAACGCUGCUGCUGCUGCCGCCUCUUUCGGUCUGUUUGAGCAGCAGGGUGCCGCGCCGGAUAUUACUAGCAAUACGGUGAUAGGUGGUGACGGCCAGCAACAGUUGCAGACCGGAGACCUGUUCAGUGCUGGCGGCCAGGCAGAUCUCUUUGGGAGCGACUCAGCAGUGCUCCGAGCCGCGGAGGGCGCCGCUGGGGACGUUGCCGGCGAGACACCGUCCUCAGCGGCCCUUGCUUCUGGCAAGUCCACUGCCACGCCGCCUCCCAGACCGCCGCCUCCCGCGACAGCCGGAAACGGCACGCCUAGGCCUUCCUCGCCGACGAUCCACGGAGCGGCGACCGGCAAACCCGGCGCCGGGCAACCUGGCGCCGGCCUAGCCGCCGCCGCUGCUCCCAGCAAGAGCGCGUUCGAUGAUCUAAACGAUAGCAUACGUAUGGCACUGGGCGGGUCUCCGUCGCGAUCGGCACCCGUCGCUCAACAAAUUCCAACCGCCACUCAACCGGCACAGCAACCUACGCAGCAGGGUUUCAGCAUGUUUGAUAUGCCCGGUAACGUGCCAGCCACCGGGCAGCCUGUUAUGCCUGGUGGAUCCAUGAUCGGCUACGGUAUUGCGAGCCAAGUUCCGGCUGGAUACGGUUCCCCGACAAAACAGUCGAUCUCAGCAGCAGGGCAGCAGCCGAACGUGGCGGCCACCGGCAAAGUCCUCACCGGGGAUCUGGACAGUAGUCUGGCCAGCCUUGCACAGAAUCUGACCAUCAACAAGAGCGCGCAGCAGCAAGUCAAAGGGAUGCAAUGGAACUCGCCUAAGAACGCUGCGAAAACGGGUGGCCCGGCUGGAUGGACACCGCAACCAAUGGCAGCCACGACAGGCGCCGGUUACCGUCCAAUGGGUCAAGGAAUGACGCAACUUCCUCCAACUACCCUGGGCUUCCCUCCCCAUUCUACGGCAUUGGGAAUGCAAGGUGUGCCAAUGGGCAUGCAGGGCAUGAGGCCGAUGAUGAACGCAAUGCCUGGCGGUCCCGGUGGCAUGAUGGUUGCAGGAGGAGCUGCGCCAAUGAUGAUGCCCAACGCGAAUCCCAUGAUGGGUGCUAAUCUGCAACAGCAACAGCAGCAGCUGCAACAGCAACAGCAGCAGCAACAACCACAAAGUGCUGCGCAACCGCAAAAUAACGCAGUCCAACUUGACCCAUUCGGUGCUCUGUGA